UAAUUAAUUAAUCUGUUAUAUUUUUUAUACGAUAUUUUGAUAACUAUUUAUACCAUGGAAACAUGAUCGUAAGAAUUCGAAAUACUUUUUUGGAAUAUCUUUUCUUUUUAAGCUGUUUUUCCAUUGGUUGCUUUUGCGCGGGUUAAAUAUCCUGUGCACUCAGAUGCGCAUAGCACUUGCUAAAGUUUUUUUAUAUAAAGUUUUAUUUCAAAAUUUGAAAUAAUUGUAAAUUGGCUAAUAAAGAUUUUAUUAAAAUUUUAUUUUUUUUAACAUAUUUAUUUCAUAAUUUUAUUAUAAGAUGGAAAAUGAUAUAGAAAAUAUACUAUCAAAUAGUGAUCGUACAAUUCAUACAAUGUAUACUCCUCGAACAAGAGGAAGACAACAAUUUAGUUUAGGUAUUAGUUCUGCUCCAGCAGAAGAAAUUGAAGAUAUUAAUACAUUACAAGAAUUAUUAAAUAAAACUUGGACUAUUUUUGGGGUUUCUACUUUAUUUAAUUUUUAUCAAGAUGAAAUAUAUUUAAAACAAUAUGCAAAAAAAUUAAGAGAAGAAGUUGCAAAUAAUUUAAUACAAGAAAAUGUAACAUAUAAUACAGAAUUUUGUAUUAUGGAAAACAUAACAUUAAGGCCUAGUCCAAUGGAUCCACCACCAAUAAAGAUUGAAGUUUAUUCUGAAAAAAGUAAUAACGAAGAAAAUUCAAAGAAAUGUAUAUAUAAAGGAAUAUUUCUAUCAUGGAGAACUACUAAAAAUACAUUAACUGAUAAUUCUAUAAGAUUACCUCUUCUAUUAUGUCGUAGUACACAAGGUACUAUGGGAAUUGUUCAUACUAUUUUAAGUCGUAUGUUUGAUUGUAUGAUUGUCACAUUAUCUGCACAUGAAGAUGAUUUAUUAUGGCUUAUUCCAAUUGUAAUUACUCCAACAACUAAAAAAGAACAACCAAAAAGCAAAGAUGAAAUUCAUAUGGAAUAUAAAAUACCAGAACUACCAGAUACAGAUACAAUUACAAUAAAAUUUAAAAUUUUAGAUUUAAUAAAAAUAUUAACAGUAAUUAUAAAGGAUCAAAAUGAUGAAGAAAAUCUUGAAAUGACUUUCAAUUUAGAACAUAUAGAAAAAUUUCGUGAAGUUUUAUAUUCUCAAAUUUUAGAACUUGCUGCUUUACAGUUGGGAUUGUGUACAUUACAUAAAAUUCAUCUUCCAACACUUACUAUUAUGGAAAAUAAAAUGAAAGUAAUCAGUGCAGAUACUAUGAAUCGCGUUUUGUUAUAUUUAAAUGAAAAAGCUCUUGAUAUGUUUCACACAUUAAAUAUUGAGAUGUAAUCUGUAUAAUAUAUUUUAAAUUAUUGAUGUUAAAUUAUUGUAAUAUUAAUUUUAACAUAAUAAUUUGGAUUAGUAUAUGCAGUUUUUAUAUCAUCAUAUGUUUUAUAAAUUUAUUUGGAUUUGGUAUAAUUUUUUUAAAUAUCACAGAUUGUAUAAAAUAUUAAUGUUAGAUUUCAAAUACUAUUACCAGUAAAUUUGUACAACACAAAAGUUACAUUCAUAAAAUAUACGUAUUAUUAACAUCUUCAAUAUGUCAAUUAUAAUUCACUUCCUUAAGAAGUUCGUUUAUACAAAUAAAAUAAAGUAAAAUUUUAGGAAUUCUCAUCUGCAAUAUCCAUCUAGAAGUAAAAAUGAAUAAGUAAUAAACUCGACAAUUAAGAAUAUAAUGUACAAAAUCUAUAUACCCAUCAGGUUGUUCAUCAAGUGGUGGUGGUACAGAAACACCAAGUACUUCCGAUAACAUAAAAGGUUUUAACCACGUUACAAGUGGAG